AUGACCGAGGGGAAGAUCGUUUCUUGGAUCAAGUCCGAGGGCGAUAAGCUCAGCAAGGGCGAGAGCAUCGUCGUCGUCGAGUCCGAUAAGGCCGAUAUGGACGUGGAAACCUUCUACGAUGGAUAUCUCGCCUCAAUCAUGGUCGAAGAGGGCGGCGUCGCCCCCGUGGGCUCGGCGAUCACGUUGCUCACCGAGAUCGAGAUCGAGCAGGCUAGGUCAAAGGCCCAAUCUUCCUCCUCCUCAUCCGAAACCCUAGAUUCAGAUUCCCCUCCGGCGCAGCAAGAAGCCCUAGAUUCAGAAAGUGGCUCCAGUUGUGUGGGGGUUCGAAACGAAAAGAGCUCUGCUUCUCAUGACUACUGGAUAUUUGUUGUUCAUGGCUUCAAACUUGAAGCCAUCAUGCUUGUUGAACAAGGUACUGAAGGGCUAUGCAACUCAGAGUGUAAUACUACAUAUCGAGCGCGCAUAUCAAGAGAUGUUGCUGAAUUUGUAUAUAAACACCAUCCUUCUGUUGAUAAAUUGGCAAAUGUCCUGUGUAAAGACCUUCCUUAG